AUGCGGCCUGCCAGCGGGCAGGGCGGGGAGAGCGACAGGGCACUCACGCUGCUGCGGGAUCAGCGCGGCGCCUCCCCCUGCACCCUGCCCCCCCCGCACCCCCACCUGCCUGCGGCCUCCCGAGCCAGGAAGCGCAGGGUGUUCCCCGUGGCACAGUGCUACUCAGGCCUGAAAGGGGACCCCAACACUGGCUACCGCCCCGGAGAGGCGGCCGCGCCUAAGGUGCGAGCCGGGCCGGCGCCCGGGCACCGAGGGGCGGCGGCCGAGGAGGACGCCAGGAAGGACUUCUCGGCCACGGCGCUGUCCCUGGCCGGCCCGGAGGAGCCGACACAAGAGCUCCGGGGAGGCGAGGGCGGGCGGGCGGGGAAGCCGCAGGAGAAGCGCCAGAAAGAGCUGACAUUUCUGAGCGAUGAGCUCGAGGAGGAGGACGAGUGGACCGAGGAGGUGCAGAAGGAGCAGGAGCGGCAGCUGCGCGCCGAGCUGCUGGCGCAGUACCGCCCCCUGCUGGUGGAGCGCAGCCAGUACCAGCGCUACAGCCUCUACCUGCAGCACAAGAUCUUCGAGGCUCUGCGCAGGAAGAAGGGCCAGGAGGCCGGCGACGCGCCCGACAGGGACGCGGAGCCCGAGUCCCCCCAGAAAGAGAACAGCUACCUGCACUACCUGGCCGUGCUGGAGGAGCUGAAGAAGCAGGAGGCGGACGACCUGGACUGGUAUCACCAGGAGCUGGACCAGCUGAAGCAGCAGUGCGAGGAGAAGCUGACCAGGGUGGACAAGGCCUGGCAGAAGUUCCAGGCCCUCAAGAAGCAGGUGAUGAUGCAGGUCAUGGGCAGCUACCGCAUGCGGGGCGGUCGCCAGGCGGCGCUGCGGGAGGUGGAGCAGGUGCAGCAGCUGGAGGACAAGAAGGAGGAGGAGAUGCGGGCCGUGCGGCUGGAGAACAUGCAGCUGAAGCAGAGCCUGGUGCACUUCGAGACCAGGAUGCGCGCCCAGGAGGACAUGGCCGAGGGGCUGCUGCUCAUUGACUUCGAGCAGCUCAAGAUCGAAAACCAGACCUUCAACGAGAAGGUGGAGGAGCGGAACGAGGAGCUGCUCAAGCUGCGCAACAAGGUGAGCAGCAACGUGCAGGUCGUCACCCACGUCAAGGAGAAGCUGCACCACGUGGAGCUGCACAACACCGGCUUGAGGGCGCGGCUGCUGGAGGCCGAGGCCCAGGUGGCCCUGAGGAGGGACAUCCUGACCAGGACCAAGCAGGCCCGCGACGCCCUUCGGACGGACAGUGUCGCGCUGAACCGUAAGUGUGGGCUGCUGGGCAAGGAGCAGCUGCUGCGGGACCUGGAGGAGAAGGCGGACCAGACGGAGGCGCUCCGGCAGCGCCUGGAGUUCCUGAAGCGCCACCACGCGGGCCUGACCCUGUCCUGCAGGGGCGUGAGGCAGAAGAUCCGGGAGGCCAAGGCCUUCCUCCGGUCCUGAGCGGCCCCGGGCUCCGGUGGUCUCCUGGCGCCUCAGCCGCCACGGGCGCGGGGUCCUGGGCGAAGCAAACGGCUAGCGACCGGGCGCCGCGGCGCGGGGAAGCUGUCGGCGCCGCCUCCGAGCACCCGUCCUCCCCGCGUGUGCGGCCCCCCCGGCCCCCCGUAUCUAAGCUCCCCUGGAAGGUGCUCCGGGGUGGUCCUGAGUCGCCCGCCGACUGGGAAGUGCGCCCUUCGCCCACCAAGCCACAGCUGCUUUGCCCGACUGCCACCAGUUUACCACGAGUAGCAAUACGGUGCCCAGGGAGCAGGAUAAGUGAUAAACGCGAGCCCACGCCGGCGAUAAGCCGCAGCCCUGGCGCUUGUCCCCGCCCGCGGCGGUCCUCGACCGGCCAGCCGGCAGACAAUGCAUCGUGCGGUACCAAUAAAUGGAUUUUUUCCUGGCAAACACAGCGGCUGCACGGGGUGUUUGCCAGGGCUAAAUGAAGGCGUGCAGGUGCUGCGGCCGCCCUCGCCCGGGCCGGCCAGGGCUGAGCAGCCGUGGCAGCGGGAGUGCGGCGUCCUGCCCCGAAGCCCAGGUGGCACGGGUGCCCCUGGUGCGCGCCGCCCCUCCGCGGUCCGCUUUUCCGGAUGCGCCUGGAGCUGCGCUCGUGGCCCCGGGGCUGAGUUCUGAGAUGCGCACAUCUGGGACCAGAGCGUCACCCGGCUUGCGAGAAGGGCGACCGACUGCGGCGCUAGGUGCCUCUCUGGGAAGCCCGCCGGAGGCCCCCCGGGGCAGCUGACGGGUCGCUGU